UUAAACUAUAUUGCUGUGAGCUUUACCAGGUCGCAGUAACGCUAGUGCAGUGUUAUUUUUCCCAAAUCUAGUUUCCAUUAGCCGCACAUUAUCCAUUUCCUUACAUUUUAUCCCCAACCAGAAGUACAAGUGACGCUAACCUUAGCUCCGCAGCCAACAUGGCUGAAUUCGGGGGUAAUGAGCAUCAUCAGAAUGAGGUGAUCAACUACAUGCGCUUUGCUCGAUCCAAACGCUUGUUGCGGCUCAAAACUGUGGAUUCCUGCUUUGAAGAACUCAAAGACAGCAGGUUGGUGGAGGAGACGUUCACAGCCGACGAGGUGCGCGAUAUGCUGGACGGGCUGCACGCGGUGGUGCGCGGCGAGGUGGAGAUGGAACUCAUCAACACGGCGCACACCAACGUCCUGCUACUGCGCCAGCUCUUCUUCCAGGCCGAAAAGUACUACCUGCGCCUGCAGACAGAUAUCUCCGAGCUGGAGAACAGGGAGCUCCUCGAGCAAGUAGCAGAAUUUGAGAAGACUGAUUUUAAAGUCUCUGAUAAGAUGAACCAGGACGCCAGCAAACCUAAACUGGCGCCGCUCAAUGAGGCCGGAGUUUCUGAACUCCUCAACAAGGAGAUCGCAAAGCUACAGGAGGAGAAUGAGAACCUGAAAGCCAAACUGCGCACUUUAGAAUCGCAGGCAAUGAACGUACUGGACGAGAAGACCAAAGUCCAGAAAGCCCUUCAAGAUCUCCAGAAGGUGCAAGGUGACAAGCAGCUGACGGCUCACUCCAAGGAAAUCAGCUGUCUGGAGGACACGGUGGCGGCCCUCAAGGAGGACUACGAGCGCUCGCUGACUGUCAGCGCCGCCUCCCAGAAGGACCUGCAGGAGAAUUUGGUCUCGGCCAAGCACGAACUCCUGCGAGUGCAAGAGCAGCUGGCCAUGGCCGAGAAGGAGCUGGACAAGAAGUUCCAGCAAACGGCGGCCUAUCGCAACAUGAAGGAGAUCCUGGCAAAGAAAAACGAGCAGAUCAAGGAAAUUAGAAAACGACUGCAGAAAUACGAGCCUAACGAAUGAGUCCCCAACGUCAUCGGCUGGAAGGGAAGUUCGGCGCGAAAGACGGAAGCAGAACGUUUUAGGAUGACCAAGCCUUCCAUCCUGACGCAAGCAGAAUAAAGCAGCUUUUUUUUCUUCUUUUUUUGGGGGGGAGGGGGGUGUCAGAACUUGUUUAUUCAUGCCCAAUCUGACGUUUUUUUUUUCUCUGUUGUCGGCUUCUCUUUUUGGAUGGGAUGAUCAGAAGCUUCUUGAGCUGGAUUAAGUACUCGUUUCUUAGGGGUUCAAUGAAACUACGAACAUGCCUCUCCCGCUAAAAGGUUGACAUUGAAUUGCACUUUGAGAAUUAAAAAAACAAAACAAAAAAAUUGGCCCUGAAAGCCACAA